AUGACGACGGUUAGCAGUCGUAUUGCACCGUCUGCCGUCCGCAAAGCAAGGCAAGGUUACGUCCAAGAGGAAGACAUAAAGGAGGAGGAAGAGGACGAUGAUGACAGUAAUUCAACAGCUCAACUUCAGGGCAGCAAUGAUACUGGCACGGAUGAAGAACAUGAAGUGGGUCCUGAGCAGAAAGGAAGCUUUAGCUACCAGAAUUCUCCAGUAAGUCAUGUAUCUAAUCAGGAUGCGGAAAAUGAGUCCCUGUUAAGUGAUGCUAGUGACCAGGUGGCAGAUACUAAAAGCAUUUGCUCUAGAGAGGUGCAGGAUCUGAAAACCAAUGCCCGCCCCAAAUCUCAGAAUGAAGCACAUGAUUGCAUGGAUAAAAUGACAGCAGUCUAUGCUAACAUACUGUCAGACUCUUAUUGGACAGGCUUAGGACUGGGUCUCAAGUUGUCUAACUCUGAGAGAAGGGGCUGUGACAAUAGAAAUGGAGGUAACAAAAGUGACUUUGAUUGGCACCAAGAUGCAUUGUCAAAAAGCUUACAACAGAGUUUACCUUCCAGACCGGUCUCCAAACCAAAUCUUUUCAGUUCAGUCCAGCUGUACAGACAAAGCAGCAAAAUGUGCGGAACUGUAUUCACGGGUGCUAGCAGGUUUAGGUGCAGGCAAUGCAGUGCUGCCUAUGACACCUUGGUAGAGCUAACAGUCCACAUGAAUGAAACUGGUCAUUACCAAGAUGAUAACCGUAAAAAGGACAAGCACAGACCUACUAGCUACUCAAAGCCCCGGAAAAGGGCCUUUCAGGACAUGGACAAGGAAGAUGCACAAAAAGUUCUAAAGUGCAUGUUCUGCGGUGACUCUUUUGAUUCCCUUCAAGAUCUGAGCGUUCAUAUGAUAAAAACAAAACAUUACCAAAAAGUGCCUUUGAAGGAGCCGGUACCUACUAUUUCUUCAAAAAUGGUCACUCCAGCAAAGAAACGUGUGUUUGAUGUUAACAGACCUUGUUCCCCAGAUUCCACAACAGGAUCUUUUGCAGAUACCUUUUCUCCUCAGAAGAAUGCAAACCUGCAGUUGUCAUCUAACAACCGCUAUGGCUACCAAAAUGGAGCCAGCUACACAUGGCAGUUUGAGGCCUGUAAAUCCCAGAUUUUGAAGUGUAUGGAAUGUGGAAGUUCACAUGACACCUUGCAACAACUCACCACUCAUAUGAUGGUCACUGGUCACUUCUUGAAAGUCACAAGUUCAGCUUCAAAGAAAGGAAAACAACUAGUACUAGAUCCCUUGGCUGUGGAGAAAAUGCAGUCGCUGUCUGAAGCACCAGCCAAUGACACCCAGGUUUCAAAACAAUCCAGCAAUGCAUCUUCGGAUGGCAUAACUCCUGCAUUGGAGCUAAAGAAAGAGAGUAAAAAAGAUAAACCUGAUGAUACAAACAAAGAUGAGAAAGUGGUAAAAACUGAAGAGUAUGAAGAUACACUUCAGAAACCAUUGGAUCCUACAAUGAAAUACCAGUAUCUUAGGGAGGAAGAUUUAGAAGAUGGUUCAAAAGGUGGUGGGGAUAUUUUAAAGUCUUUGGAAAACACUGUCACCACAGCCAUCAAUAAAGCUCAAAAUGGAGCUCCUAGCUGGAGUGCAUAUCCUAGUAUCCAUGCAGCCUAUCAGCUCUCAGAAGGAGCAAAGCCUUCCUUACCAGUGGGUUCCCAAGUACUGCAAAUCAGGCCCACAAUUACCAAUAAAUUGAGACCCAUUGCUCCGAAGUGGAAAGUUAUGCCUCUGGUUCCCAGCUCAGCAAAUGUGGCCCAGUGCACUCGAGUGAAGAAGGAAACUGAUGACAAAGAAGUCAUACAAAAGGACUACACUAAAGAGGGCAUCCAAGCUGAAGCUGCUCCACUCUGUCAGAAUGAAGGGGGAUCUCUCCCCAAAUCUGAGGCCCCUGUAGAGCCAAAAAAGACAGAGGCAUGUCCCUUGAAGGAGGAGGAUAAACCAAAAGAAGAUGGUGAGAAAGAAAAAACAAAACCCAAGGAGUCAAUAGCAGCUUCUCUCAGCAAUGGUUGUGUUGCCACAAACCAUUCUUCUGACUUGCCUUGUGUGAAUCCACUUAGUGCCCUGCAAUCUGUAUUGAAUAAUCACUUGGGCAAAGCCACUGAGCCUUUACGGCCCCAGUCCAACUCCAGCCCCAGCUCGAGCACAAUUUCUAUGUUCCACAAACCUAACUUAAAUAGGCUGGAGAAACCAGUUUUAUCUCCUGCUCCAACCCCACCAAAGCCUGCAAGCAUUUCCAGGCGUUAUUUGUUUGAAAACAAUGAUCAACCUAUAGAUCUGACCAAAUCCAAAAGCAAGAAAGCUGAGUCAGCUCAAGCACAGUCUUGUACUUCCCCACCUCAGAAACAUGCUCUGUCUGACAUUGCUGACAUGGUCAAAGUGCUUCCUAAAGCUACUACACCAAAACCUGCUGUAUCGUCUAGGAUCCCAUCAAUGAAAUUGGAAAUGGAUGUCCGACGUUUCGAGGAUGUCUCAACAGAAGUCUCCACUCUGCAUAAAAGGAAGGGCAGGCAAUCAAACUGGAACCCUCAGCAUCUCCUGAUUUUGCAAGCUCAGUUUGCUUCCAGUCUUUUCCAAACAUCAGAAGGUAAAUAUUUAUUAUCAGACCUAGGCCCUCAAGAACGCAUGCAGAUUUCUAAAUUUACUGGACUGUCAAUGACCACCAUUAGCCAUUGGUUAGCGAAUGUCAAAUACCAACUUAGGAAAACUGGAGGAACAAAGUUUUUGAAAAACAUGGACAAAGGACACCCAAUCUUUUAUUGCAGUGACUGUGCAUCUCAGUUUAGAACCCCAUCUACUUAUAUUAGUCACUUAGAAUCCCAUCUAGGUUUCCAAAUGAAAGACAUGAACAGACUGGCUGUGGAACAGCAAACCAAGGUAGAACAAGAAAUCUCCAGAGUUUCAGUUCAAAGAUCACCUGAAACAAUAACUGGGGAAGAGGAUACAGACUCUAAGUUCAAAUGUAAGUUGUGUUGUCGGACAUUUGCAAGCAAACAUGCAGUAAAACUUCACCUAAGCAAAACACACAGCAAGUCACCAGAACACCAUUCACAGUUUGUAGCAGAAGUGGAUGAAGAAUAA